AUGGAAGCGACACGAGCAACGUUAAACUUUACGGCGACUGUUCUUCCUGCAUCUUCGUCGAAGAUGAAGCCGUCAAUGUUCGUCGGAAGAUCCACCGUAUCGGUUUUCCGUUCCGGUUUACCGUUUUCAUGCAAGCUGAACACUUCUGUGCCUUUCUCCAAGCAAGGCGACGGGAGAAAACUCUCUGUUGGAAGUAGAAGGGCUUUUGUAGUUAAAGCUGCAUCAUCAUCUGGAUCAAGUUCUAAUAUUGCCCCACUAAAGCUGGAGUCUCCGAUCGGGCAGUUUCUCUCUCAGAUGUUGGUUAGUCACCCACAUCUCAUGUCUGCGGCAGUAGAGCGGCAGCUAGAGAUAUUCCAAACCGAUCGUGAUGGUGAUGAACAAAAGGAAAAGCCUUCUGCUUCAGGAACUGACUUAGUUUUGUACAGGAGAAUUGCUGAGGUUAAGGCAAAAGAGAGAAGAAAAGCUAUAGAAGAGAUAUUGUACACAUUGGUUGUCCAGAAAUUUAUGGAUGCCAAUAUUUCUUUAAUACCCUCUUUAGAGCCACAUCCUUCCGGCCAAGUUGAUUCAUGGCCUAGCGAAGAUGAAAAGCUUGAGCAGCUUCACUCACCUGAAGCCUAUGAAAUGAUCCAAAGCCACUUGGCUCUCCUUCUUGGUAAUCGAUUAGGCGAUUCGACAUCCGUAGCUCAGAUCAGCAAACUCAGAGUAGGACAGGUCUAUGCAGCAUCAGUAAUGUAUGGAUACUUUCUUAAGCGUGUUAUCCAAAGGUUCCAGCUGGAGAAGACAAUAAAAAUUCUACCCGACGAAGCAGAAGAAAACACUAUUAGCCGAUCCGUGGAUGACGAAACAAGAAUAGUAGGUUUUGAGGUCCCUUCUCAAUUUUCGCCCCACCCUGAAGUCCCUGCAUGGUCUGACAGUGGAAUCGGUUCGGGUGCAUUUGGUCAAGAGAUAACAGUGUCUAGAUUGCGCUCCUAUAUGAUGUCAUUUGAUAUCGAGACAUUACAAAGAUAUGCAACAAUUAGAUCCAAAGAGUCUGUCAGCAUCAUUGAGAAUCAUACCGAUGCAUUGUUUGGAAGACCAGAAAUUGCUAUAACACCAGAGGGGAAAAUCAAUUCUUCAAAUGAUGAAAUCAUCAAAAUUAGCAUUGGUGGUUUGAAAAGACUUGUUUUAGAAGCUGUUACUUUUGGUUCUUUUCUUUGGGAUGUUGAAAGCUAUGUUGACUCAAGGUUGGUGAGCAAUGAAAGAGGAUGA